UGUCUUAUGCCACUUAAGUCUUCUAUCAUUCAACGUAACCACACAUCCGCGACGAGACGUAUUUGAAUAAAAAAAAAAAAAAAAAAUAUAUAUAUAUACGUUUUGAUGAUUCAGAUUUUCAAAGAUUUCACACAAAAAACAUUUUUAUUAUCAUCAUCUUAAAAUUAUUAUGAUUUAAUUAAAAUUUUUUACAUAGAACAAUGAUUUAUGGUAUAAUUAAGAUUGAAAUAAUUUUUUAUGAAAUAAUUGUAAAAAUUAAAUAAAAUGAUUUUUUUUUUAAAGCUUUAAAAAAAUUAAUUUUGACAAUUAAAGAAUUAUAUGAAAUAUGUUAGGUAUGUUUUACAAGCUGAGAAAAACAAUCAUAAUGUGAGUAUAAAUACAUGUGCAUGUGUUCCAAAAGUGGUUAUUAAUUUUCAACAUAGUUAUUAAAAAUCAUAGAAUAUUGUAGCAAUUAAAAUCUUAAUUAAAAGAACAAAGAAUGAAUUACUGAAAAAAUAAAUAAUAAUAUAUGAGUUUAUUUUUAUUUUAUUUUUUAAUAAAAUAUUUUUAAUUUUUUAUUUAUGACUCGGAUUCUGUCGAAACAAAUUCAAGAGAAUAUGCAGCGAGUGAUCAUUUAAGAUUAUUCAAGUUUAGCAAAAAAAGAGGGAGAGAGAAAAGAUAUCGUCAAUAUUGUUCAAUAAUUAUUAAAAUCAAUUUUUUUUUCUAAAAAAAAAAUAUUGAAAUAUCUAACAAGGAAUGAUUCAUUUUACAUUUUCAAUUUGUUUCUGCGUAAGGAAUUAUUUCUUUUUUUAAUAUUGCAUUACACAAUUUUCGUAUAUUAUAUUUUUUAUAAUUUUAUUGUGGUUAAUAAUUACGUGUAAUAUAAUUAUAUUUAUAUUGUGAUCUUUUUCUUUAAUCGUUCCAAGUUCGAUACCUUCGCGCAUUCCUCCACCAUGCACGCGAUCAAGUACGCGGCCAAGGUGAAGGUAAGCUUCCUCGAGCAAUGCGAGUGACAAGAAAUUCAGUUUUGCUAUAACUGUUGACCGGCAGGUACGUAGACUUAACCGAAGCUCUCGCGUGAGUCAGUGUCGAGAAGAAAACUUGAUAAGUCGCGGUUCUCGCGAAAAACGGACGUUUUUAGCUCUCUCUUUGUCUUUCACAUUCAGGACUAACGCGCCAUGGAAUUUCGCACGUUUGUCAUGAUACUCUUGUGCGCAUCGUCUUACGCCGAAGAUCACGAGAAGUCCAAAAGUAUUAAGCCGAUCGUUAACGACAACGAAUCGAUUAAAGGAGGAGGGGAUGAGCCCCCGGAGGGAUAUUACGCGUUUGUUGAAUCACCAAAUGCGGAACCACCCAAAGUUCGGCCACCGCCGUACAUCGACAGCGACAAGGAAUGUUACGGUAGCAAGGAUAAGCAAGGAAAGGGAUUUGUAUCGAUACAUAACAUCUGCGGUGAUUUAAAUAAAGGCUACAUUCCGCGGAAUCCAAUGAAUCAAUAUGUGAACGGCUCGUCGUAUCCUUUCGCCCUGAUAAAGAAUCAUACCCUCAAAUUCCUCAGUAAGGCAUUGCCGAUCCUCAAGGCUGAUGACUCGCUGCCGAAAGUCGCCAAAGUGCAUUCGCUGUCGCAAAAUUCUGUUGAUACGGAGGAAGAAGAAAUACACGGUAGAAGCAAAAGAUCUAAUCCGGAUUUGACUUUAGCCACGGAUAUCAAUCGAAAUGGUCGCAAGUUUUGCGAGAAUGGAGCCGGAGUAGUGUGCAUGUUGUAUAAAGCGAUUCAAGGUGAACCGAUUACGUCAUCGGUGUCGGCUAUCGAACGUCGGGACGAACCUUCAACAUCCGAGUAUCGUCGAGGUGAACGUAUACCUUCGCAGGAGAAAACUGAGUAUACAGGCCCGCCGACGCCGUGUCCGGCCAAGGUCGAAUACGCGACCCCCGUCUUCGCCAAGAAUUACCAGGGUGUCUGGAGAUACGUAGUGCAGAUACCUUACGAGGGUUACUUCACGCAGACCAUCGAGCUCACCAGAUGCAUGCAAUCGAGAUGCCAUUACCUGGAUGGCGGAUGCCUGUCAUCACCGAGAUGGACGAGUCUGUUGGUGGCCGAGAUAUUUUAUCCCGACACAUUCUUGGAGGAAAAUCAAGGGGCCGGUAUAGGAUCCAACAAUCCCAGAGAUCCCGUCGCCGGAUCGCCGCCGCCGGUCCACGACUUCCAAAAUUAUCAGCAAUAUCUGCAGAAACGCGCGACCACGGGAGAGGCGCGUAAUAACAAUGGCUCUCAGCAACAUCACUGCGACGGUGUCGAUGAGAUGGGUUGCUUCCAGGUACGAUUGUAUUAUGAUUGGUUUUUGGUACCGGGCAGUUGCAAGUGUUGGCGACCGGAUUACUUUAAUCGAUACGUCCGUCGCAGCAGUUCCAACAUCGAAUUAUGAUGAGUUUUAUAUCCGGGUAACUUCCAUCCCGAGAAAGUUUU